AUGACAACAAGCUCCAUACUUACCUGGACGGGGUCAAUGGAUGAUCAAGAAGGCCCAUGGCCUAGAUUGGCAACCUCCAUUGCACUUAGGAGGGGUGCCCGUCUAAGGUGGAAUGAGACACAAGGUGAGGGGACUUGUGCUGAUAUUGAUGAUCGUGAAUGUUCCCAAGAUGAUACUAUGGCAGCAGCUGAAGAAAUCAUGAAAAUCUUCAAAUCAUGGCCUCCAAGACCCUCUAUCAAAGAGAUUGAGGAUGCCAUAUCUGUAAUCAACACAGCGGAAGCACAAAAACACCUUCGGUUGGAGGAAAUAUCUAAGGAAGUGCCCCCACAAGAUGUUCUCGAGGAGCUCUUCUCUGCUCUGCAACAAGUAAAGAAGAACAUGAGGAAAACAACAUUUCAAUAG